AUGGAAUGGUUGAAGAAAUUCUUCAAAAGUGUGGUGUCGGUGAAACUCAGGGAGUACGUGAAGGACUACUGCAGAAGGAAUGGUCUGCUGACGCUCUCGGUCUUCGCUGUGGUGACCGGCUGUGUGCUCGGAUUCGUGCUCCGGUCACUCAACCUCUCCACACAGGCCAAGAUCUACUUUUCGUUCCCUGGAGAGCUGCUGAUGAGGAUGCUGAAGAUGUUGAUUCUGCCGCUCAUCACCUCCAGUCUUAUGUCCGGCCUGUCAGCCAUGGACACGAAGGCAAGCGGUCGGCUGGGAGUCCUGACCAUCACCUACUACCUGUGGACCACCUUCAUCGCCGUCAUCGUUGGCAUCGUGCUGGUGCUCAUCAUUCACCCGGGGACGGGCUCAGAGAAAGAUGGCCACCAUGCCAGUUCGGGCCCUGUUAUGACCUCUGCUGACGCUCUGCUGGACCUCAUCAGGAACAUGAUCCCAUCAAAUCUAAUUGAAGCCACUUUUCAGCAGUACCGGACAGACCUGGUACCUAUAGUGCAGAGCGCCAACGUAAAAGAGUCUCAGGCCAACUAUGUGUACGUCAUGCCCGACUACCACAACCCUCGCCUGGGCCACCCGGUCUUCCUGGAGAUCACCCCUGCACCUGACAUCAAGUAUAAAAUCGUCCCGAGUACGAGCAAAGGCAUGAACGUGCUGGGGAUCGUCAUCUUCUCGGCCACCAUGGGCCUGCUGCUGGGGAAGAUGGGAGAACGUGGAGCACCGUUGGUCAACGUGUGUCAGUGCAUCAACGAGUGCGUCAUGAAGAUCAUUAAUGCUGCGAUGUGGUACUUUCCCUUUGGCAUCGUGUUCCUGGUGGCAGGGAAGAUCCUGGACAUGCACGAUCCGGCCCACCUGGGGGAGAAGCUGGGGAUGUACUUCAUCACUGUGCUGUCGGGGCUGUUUGUGCACGGCCUCAUCCUGCUGCCUCUCUUCUUCUUCAUCUUCACCCGCAAAAACCCCUUCCCCUACAUCAGAGGGCUGCUGCAGGCUCUUGUCAUUGCACUGGCCACUUCAUCUAGCUCGGCCACGCUGCCCAUCACCAUGAAGUGUCUCCUGGAGAACUGUGGAGUGGACCGGCAGAUUGCCCGCUUCGUGCUGCCGGUGGGAGCUACCAUCAACAUGGACGGGACAGCCCUGUAUGAGGCGGUGGCGGCCAUCUUUAUCGCUCAGGUCAACGAGUACGACUUGGACUUUGGGCAGCUGGUCACCAUCAGCAUAACAGCGACAGCAGCCAGCAUCGGGGCAGCUGGAAUCCCUCAAGCAGGUUUGGUUACCAUGGUGAUCGUCCUGACCUCUGUGGGGUUACCGCCCGCUGACAUCUCCCUGAUUGUUGCCAUCGACUGGGUUCUCGAUCGCUUCCGGACCAUGAUCAAUGUUCUCGGUGACGCCUUAGCUGCUGGGAUCAUGGCUCAUUUAUGUAAGAAGGACUUUGAGAGAGCAGCCACUGCCGCCACUGCUGCUUCGUCUACAACUGUUAACAAUGGAGGUGGCCCAACGAGGAGGGACACAGUAAUCUCCUUUGGCAAUCAGAGCGUGGCGCUCUCGGAUGCUCCUCUGAUCGCUCACCGCUGCGACUACGUGUUCGAGGUGGACGGAGACAACGUGUUGGAGAAACCUAUGGCCUGCUACAACCUCUGCCAAGUCUGA